GUUCCGGGCUGGGGCGGCGGCGGCGGCGGCGGGCGCGCGGCCGGUGCCGCGGAGUCACGUGGCCGCCGGUCACCUGCGGAAAGGCCUGAUUUUAUUUACUGAUGGAGCGAAAGCCCAAAGUGCAAACUGGAAAAAGGAAAGAAGACUUGGGCUUUGCAGCUCUGCCGAUUUGCAGAUUCCGGAGGAAAUUAGUCGAGGCCGUUCGAGACAACUCGUUCCUUGUGGUGACAGGCGAGACGGGGAGUGGCAAAACUACUCAGCUUCCAAAAUACUUAUUUGAAGAAGGUUUUGCUGAGCAUGGCAUGAUUGUCGUGACGCAGCCACGGCGGAUGGCUGCCAUAUGCGCCGCACAGAGGGUGGCUGAGGAGAUGAACUGCCCCCUGGGCAGCCUGGUUGGGUACCAGGUUCGCUUUGAAGACUGCAUCUCGGAGGAAACUUCGAUCACAUAUAUGACGGACGGGUGCCUGCUGAGGCGGAUAUUGGCAGAUCCACAUCUUUCCAAGUACAGCGUUGUUAUCCUUGAUGAAGCUCACGAGCGAAGCCUGAGCACGGAUAUCCUGUUUGGCUUGCUGAAGCAGAUGUUCCAGGGCAAAAAGCCUCCGCAGAGAAAGAAGGCCUUGAAGGUGGUUGCAAUGUCAGCUACCUUGGACACGGACAAGUUCUCCAAAUUUUUCGACGGCUGUUUGGUGGUGGACAUUCCGGGAAGGAGCUAUCCCGUCAGAGAGAUUUUCUGUGGUCGCCUCGGCCCGAAGGAUGCCAAUAGCUCUGUGUAUGUUACUGAGGCUGUCAAAGUGACCUUGGACUUGCACUUGAACAGCGCAGCUGGAGACAUCCUGGUUUUUCUGACAGGUCAGUCCGAGAUCGAAAGAACUUGCCAGUUGCUGUUCCAAAAGGCCGAGUCGAUCGAUUACCGCUUUGACGUGAGAGACCCGUCCGUCGAAGGCCUGCUUGUCUUGCCCCUGUAUGGCUCCAUGUCGACCGACCAGCAGAGAAGGAUAUUUCUCCUGCCUCCUCCAGGCAUCCGGAAAUGCGUCGUGUCCACCAACAUCGCUGCAACAUCACUGACAAUUGAUGGAAUCAGGUACGUGGUGGACAGCGGAUUUGUAAAGCAGCUAAGCCACAACCCAAGAGUGGGCCUAGACAUGCUGGAAGUGGUCCCGAUCUCCAAAAGCGAAGCCUUGCAGCGGGCUGGCCGCGCGGGCCGGACAGCGUCCGGGGAAUGCUACCGCGUGUACAGCAAGGAGUUCUGGGAGGAGUGUAUGCCUGACCACAUGGUCCCAGAGAUCAGGCGGACCAGCCUGACGUCAGUCGUCCUGACGCUGAAAUGCCUUGGCAUACAUGAUGUCAUCAGGUUUCCCUACUUGGACUGCCCGGAGGAAAGGCAUAUUCUGGAAGCCCUGAAGCAGCUUUAUCAGUGCAACGCCAUCGACAGGGGGGGUCAUGUGACUAGGCACGGCGAGUUCAUGGUGCAGUUCCCCCUCCCUCCGAACCUGACCUGUGCGGUGAUCAAGGCUGCCGCUCUAGGCUGCGAAGACUUGAUGCUCCCGGUUGCGGCCAUGUUGUCCGUGGAGACCGUCUUCAUCCGACCAGGAGACCCGGAGUGGCAAAAGGAAGCCGAGCUUCGGCACCGCGACUUCGCUUCGCGGGUGGGAGGGCGGAAUGACUUUGCGACGCUCCUGAGCAUCUUUGAACAGUGCAAGUCGAGCGCGUCCCCGGCAGCCUGGUGCCAGGAGAACUGGAUCCACUGGAGAGCCUUGAAACUGGCGUUCAGCGUGGAAGGGCAGCUUCGCGAGAUCACCGGCAAGCUGAAGCAGCUGCCGGACUUCCCGAGAGAGCGGUUCGACGGCUCCAGGAAGGAGUUGCUGAGGCGGUGCUUGUGCGCCGGCUAUUUUGCCAGCGUCGCGAGGAGAUCCGUCGGCAGGUCGUUCCGCACCAUGGAUGGCCACGGCAGCACAGUCUACAUCCAUCCUUUGUCAGCUCUCUUCGGUCAGGAAGCGGAGCUGGAGUGGAUCCUCUUCCAUGACGUCCUGGUGACCUCCAAGGUUUACCUGAGGACGGUGUGCCCGGUUCGGUACGACUGGAUCCAGGACCUGCUGCCCCGGCUCCACCAGAUCGACGCGUACGAACUGAGCAGCGUGGCCCGGGAGGAAGUGACGGAGGAGGAGAUGGCCAAGUGGAGGAGCAGGGAGGGCCUCGCCGGGCGGAGCGGAAAAGCAUCCGGUGAACCUGAGAAGAAGAUGGAGAAGAGGAACGAUGACCGAUCCAUCAGGGACGCUCGUGCACGGUACCUGGAGAGGAAGCGGCAGCGGCUCCUGGGCGUCCAGACCCCUGCAACGGAAGCAAGCUAGCCUCGUCGGCACUUCCGGCCAUACAAGUGCACCUCCCGGUCCUGGCAGCCCACCGCCAUCUCUGCACUUGCCUGGCGGGGGCCUGCGCUGCUGGAGCUUGGGCCCCAGGAGAGCCUGAGCUGACACCCGAUUCCUCGUGGGGUGGAGCCGCUUCAGUCCUGGGGGGUCCUCCUGCUAAGGGAUGCUCCUUUCAGUGCCUCGCUAGCCCUCGCAAAUCAUGCGCACAGGUGUUGUCGAGCAGAGGGGCAGAACAGUGCCGGCCGGGGAGACCGGCCAGCAGGCCAGAAGAUGGUCGGCGGGACCACGCCGAGGGACACCGCAACCGUGCCCAUUUGAACCCUUCUCCAAGGGGCGGGACAUUGGGAUCAGGCUCUGCUCCAGAGAAACUUGCGUUUCUACGGCAGGAAUUUGGGUUGUGGAGCCUGCAAAGAUGCGGGCACAUUCCAGCAUCUCAGAAGUCGUUGCCCUGAAGUAAAACUAAAGGGUUCGAGGGAGGUUCCCGUCCCGUCUUCCCCUCCCAAAAUGUGUGCCCACCUUGUGUCCAACCUGUGGAUUGACUGCAUCUGGUCCUCGGAGCUCCCUUGGGUUUCUCCGGGAGUGGGGCUUGGCUGCUGUCCUCACCAGCUGUCCAGCCUGCACAUGCGGUUUCUGCUGGAUGAGGAUGAUGGGAAUUGUGUUCUAAUGCAACUAAAGGGUGCCAGGUUGGGGAGAGCUGCGUCUGUGUGAGAGAAACACAGGGUGUUUUUUUUUUUUAAGUUUUCUGCAGCUGUAUGAACAUUGACUGCAAAGUGGCCUAGUCUUUCCCUGCGGUUGGGAAAGGGUACCGUUUAAAUACUUCACUUUAGCAAAAACAAACCCCCAAACCAAGCCUUUUGAAAUGAACGUGUGUAAACAUUUAGGUCUGGUUUGUAUGGUGCUUCCAUUGAUAUUUGUGGUCUUCAUUUUGAAGAGAUUUCAAAUUUAUUCAAAGGUAUUUUAAUAUUUGCAUGUGACAUCAUGCUGCUUUUUUAAGAAGAAGCUUCAGAAGCAAGUUUACAGGUUUUUUAAGAACGUCCUUUUUCUCUUUUCACUCCACAGUGGUCUUUUAUAUACAUAUAUUCCCGUAUGUUUCUGCAGUAAGCUGUUCUUGCAGCGUAAAGGGAAACAAUUUCUGUAUACUUGCUAUAAAUGUCUGACAGCUCAAAUUGAGCUCUUUGAUCCA